AUGGCUUCAACAACCGCAUUCGCAACCAUCUCAACCGUCACACGCUCUUAUCCUACACACUCCUCUUAUCCUACACACUUCCCCAAACCAAUCACAACCGUCCAUUUCCCAUCCCCAACAGCACCUCUCUCCCACCGUACCACUCGCCUCCACCGCAUCACCGCCGUCUCCGCAGAAGUCGAAAAGCUCGGCAACGAGAUCUCCGGCCUCACACUCGAACAGGCCAGAAACCUAGUCGACUACCUCCAAGACAAACUCGGCGUAACCGCCGCCUCAUUCGCUCCCGCAGCCGCCGCUGCUGCUCCCGCCGCGGUGGAAGUUGCUGUCGUGGAAGAACAAACAGAAUUCGAUGUGGUUAUUGAGGAAGUCCCAAGUACCGCGAGAAUUGCGGCGAUUAAAGCGGUUAGGGCUUUGACGACUCUGGGAUUGAAGGAAGCGAAGGAGUUGAUUGAAGGUUUGCCUAAGAAAUUCAAAGAAGCUGUUUCGAAAGAUGAAGCUGAAGAGGCUAAGAAACAACUUGAAGGUGCAGGUGCUAAAGUUAAAAUUGUUUAG